AUGAGAGUCAUUUUGUUCUCUCUGAGCGCCUUUGUGUUCUAUGCAAUCUUCUAUUUCUCUCAUGUAAACGGGCUCAAUGAGCUAAGCCUCAAAGCCAUAGCAUCCGGCAAGCUUCCAGGUCUCGACGAACCCCUGCGAACCGUUUAUACUGGUGUUGAGCCCAUUGAUCGUCUCCUCACCGUACUCACAACCUUCUUCUAUCCGGCUCUGGAUGGACAGAGCUCCACCCUCCUACUUCACAGUAUAGGGUUCUCUGGCACGUUUGGAGCCGCAUGGACUCUUGUUGUGCUCGAGUCAUGGCGCAGAGGAAAUGCAGGCACCAUCGCAGCAUUUCCUGCAGUUUUCGGUCUAGCAGCCCAAGUCCUGACCUUUGCAUUCGCAACUCCCUUGAUCUGUGCCCUCCAACUAGGAUGCUCGGUCACCGCGCGCCGCCCCCACGCGGAUAACAUUCGGGUCCCUCGCGUCGUGCUAGCGGUUCUUCCAGCUGUGUUCGUGAUCGGUUUCCUCGUUCCAACGAACUUGAUGGUUCUCCCCGCACCGGCCGUGAUCUCCUCGGACUGGAAGCAGAUUGCAAUUGCAUCGUGGCACCCCUGGCCUGCAUAUGUGUCCUUCCUCACAACUGCGGCCUACUAUGUUCUCGGUCCAUUCUUUACGAAAAACCAACGAGCAUCGAUAUCCGCUUUGCGAUGGGUCUACGCGUCUGCAUUUAUUCAUGCUGGACUGAGCCACCUCGUGACUUUGAUUGUUUCGGUUGCGACAGUCGUGGCCCCUGCUUUGUUUGAUGCUCGCUUCGUUGAUUCUCUACAUCCGUCCAAGGUGUAUUCUUUCCCCGUUCCUUGGUCCGGGUUGACGGUCAACACAGUCGCAGAAGGUGUGCAUGUAUUUUUGCGUUGGGACUAUAUGAUUGGGUCAGCAGGUAUUCUCUUGUGGGCCUUGAAAUUGCACACCGUCGCCCACCGACAGAUUUUGAGCUCUAUUUCUUGGACCAGCCUUCUAUUCAAGGUGGCUUUGUUGACGGCUCUUAGUGGGCCGGCUGGUGCUGCUGUUGAGUUGAUGUGGGAGCGUGACGAGUUAAUCUUUGCUGAGACUGGCCCGAGGCAGCAGAUUACCAAGGGCAAGAAGCUCUCAUAG